GAUGGGGAUGCGCGAGCGCGAAACAGGAAGCCGCUAGUGUGAUAAAUAUGGGGUUGGGUGAGUUUAGUUACUGUGGUUUUUAUGGGCACGUACCUUGAAAUUUGACAAUUUCGGUGGUCAAGAGGGAUUCCAAGUGGACAUGAAAAAAUAAAUAAAGUAUAUCACGCCUGGGAGAAUGUUAUAGGCAUCGAACGGAGGAUUUAAAAUACAGGUGUAUAAAUAGGACUCCUAGAGAGUUCCUUGUUUGUGGUAUUUCAGAUCUGAGGUCAGAUUGUCAAGGGAGUAAACAAUCAAUAAUAACGGUAGUAAGGUAAGAGAUUGGUAUGUAAUUUUUGCUUAAUGGGUUGUUUUGAUCGAUCGCGCCACGGAUGGCCCGAGCUUUUGUCUUGCUUCGAGAAGAGAAAACGAAGGCUAAGUGCGUGGGCACAAGAGACUGUGGGCUGUGGGCACAGCAGCCAGAAAUCUGAAGGGUCCCGGCGUCCUUUUUUCAUCCGCAGAGCAGCGGUCGCCCUUUUUAACCCUGCGCUCCUGGUCCACUCGCACACUAAAAAUAUGUACUAACCCGUCAUUUGGUUAGCCUUGAAUGAAUUUAGCUUUUUCUUUUUUUUUCUUCCACCGAAUGUGUUUUUUUUUUUUUUGUUUUUUCG